AUGUGUUCUUCUUCCCCGAAACCCGUCUCCUCCCGAAGCUUUUGCCGGCGCGCAGUACGCACGCCUUGCACGUACCUGUGCGGGCAAGUAGACGACGACCAAGAAGAAGAAGAAGAAGAAGAAGAAGAAGAGGGGAACGAAAAAAAAAAUAAGGGUUGUUCCGGAUGGAGCGCAGGUUUUUAUUUCGUUUUCGUCCGGCGGGCGGCUACCUGCGCGCCGACGGUCCCGUCUCGCGGGGCGGUGCCCGGUGUGUCGAAAACGCCCGUGAGAAACGCACUCGCGGUCCUAUAAGACGUGCGGGACGACGGAUGUUACGGGGGCGCGCGCGCGCGGGACGCAAACAUUCGAAAUCCCGUCGCGCGACAAUAGAGACGAUCGGUGUUUUUGUUAUUUUUUUUUUCUCCUUUCUCACUCCUGUUGUUUGCGCGUCGGGUCAGUAGCGAUUUCCGAUCGUUGCACGGGUACCUGCGGCAGCUAGUGGCGUACACCGCGGGCAGGUAAACCGCGUAUAGACGAAUGGGGAGUGGGGGGGGGGCGGACGGACGGAAAAAAAAAAAAAAACAAGGAUGAGAAAAGUAGUCGGUCGCCGCCGAGAGAGGUGCACCGGAGAGCUCCGGUUCUCAUCAGAACCGAUCGGGUGCGCCGUUCCCAUCAUCGCCGUGGUCGGCGUCUGCGGUGCGGGUAAACGCGCGCGGCGGCGAAGGGAAGGCCGUUUUAUAGUCACGCCGCGAAACGACAUUGUACGCACAUCAUAAUAAUAAUAAUAAUAAUAAUGGUAGCAGUGGGUAUGUGACAUUUACGAUGUUUGGAUGCACACGGCGUUUGGCCGAGAAAAAAAAAAAAAACAACAACAACAACGACGACGACCGUAAACUACGGGAGGUCGCGUGUGAAAACGCGCGGUGUAAUCCAUCGGCGAUCGAUUCCGCGCGGUAGCCAUCCGCGGGCAAAUCGUUUGUUCGAAACGUAUAACGUUCACACGGACGGCGACCGCGACGCGCGGAUUAUCGUCAGCCGGCUAAUCGCGAAACAUGAAAAAAAAUAAAAAAUAAAAGGGUCUCUAUUUAAAUGGCGGCCGUCGUUUCCGGCGAAAAAAAAAAAACACUUGAUUUUCGUUUCCGCCAAUUGUAUCUCCAUUCAUUCCGCCUGCAAAGCGAUUUUCGUUUCCGCCAAAUCUGUUGGUACCCAUACGUCUAUAUGUUAUAUCGAACCGGAGUUUGAGAACCCCUAUGGUCUAACGUGUAUGUCUCCGGUGAACGUUUUUAAAAAUCGGUUAAUGUCGUUAUAAUUACACUUCAACCUAUUUUGUGCGCUGUUGGUUUUGAUAUCGGAGUGUAUCGGAGGCCUGUUAACUAACUCCGGGGUAAGCGUGUUGUUUGCGUUUGCGUACGUUGGGUUUUUUCACGAUGUUUUAAUCUUUUAAUACCGAUUCGACGAUUUCCAAAUACCGCAAUGUUUCACGUGCUCGUACACGUCGUAACGCACGCGGAAAUUAAAACACACGCAUGAAAAAACCCACGUACAAAAGCAGACGGUGUUCUUACCGUUAAUAGUUUGAUAACAGCUCUCGUACACUCCAGUACUAGAACCGACAGCACGAAAUCGGUUUUUAUAACCGAAACACAGGAUUAUCGGUCGUCGACGUGCAGACGCGAUUCCUACUGAUUAUAAAUAAUUACAAUACACGCCGGUCAACGCGUCUACAGACACGGUGCAGUGCGCGCGAUAUCGCGGGCUCAGAGUUGACAUUGUUUUUGGUCUCACUGCGAAAAAACCCGCGUCGUGGAGGCCCGGGGGGGGGGGGUUAUCUCAGUUUACAAAAUAGAAUUAUUAAACAUAUGGGCGCUCACACACAUACACACGCACACAUAGGUACCGUAUUAUUGUUGUAAAAAGACAAAAUGAAAAAGUCACUGAACAAUUGUCGUUAGUAAACAAAUAAUUUCAGAUUCACGUUACAAGUGUUAUUUAGUACGGUACGCAUUAUUGUAUUUAGUUCCAGUGGCAACAUAUUCAUAUCCGGAGCUAAUGGGAAACUGCGUGUAUUUAUGUGACAACAGCGACGAAAAUUCGCGUGUUACGAUGCCGUAGAGCCGCGGGAAUUCGUUAACCCCGAGUAAAUCGAUAGCGAAUCGUGAAUAAUAUAUAUAUUUACCUAUAUUUAUCGAAGGUUUUGGAAUUCAUAUAUAUGAACGUAUUUUUUUUUUCUAAACCGAAUUCAUAACGAGUAAAAGCGGUAAAAAAAAAAAAAAAAACCAAUCUAAUGAUUCUGGAUCAUAUUUAAUCUUUCGUACACGUCGUCCCAAACAAAUAUUCCCUGCAGGUUAACUCUAUAAAUGGACGUUCAACUAUAAUUUAGCUAGGUAGGUUGAAAUAGAUUUGGCGGAUACGACAAUCGAACCUUUUUCAUUUUGCCGGAUACGAUAAUUGGCGGAAACGACUGACGCCCAUUAUUAAAAGGUAUCUCACGGGAACCCGAUUGGAGUCGGGUCGUGUUUGGCGAGCGUCCGCGCAACACGAAAAUGUCAUUAAUAUUGAUAAUAUUGUGUGUUCGUUUGCCAAACUGUUGUGGUGUGCGCGCGGUAAAUUUGUUUCAAAAUCGGAACUUUUUUUGUUUUUUUUUUGGUUUUUAUGUCUUUAUAAUUUAAACGAUUUGUUACUAAUAACUCUGAAUAGAGUUAUAUUAUUAGUCGUAUUUUCCCCUUGUUGCCGAGAUAACCCGGCAAAAAUCAACAAAAAUUAUGCAGCCUAAUUUUGGUAAUUUGAACGUCAUAUUUAUUGAAAAAACUACAAAGCAAAUUGAAAAAAGAGCUGAUACUGGGGACGUGUGCGACCACUGUUGUAGGUGGGUAGAGAGGAAGGUGGGAUCCGUAAAAUUAUUUGAUUUAUAGCUGUCACGAAAGAUAAACCGUUAAUAACGAAAAACGAUUAAGAGCGAAAUUCGGUUGUACACGUUUUGAAAGGCCAUAAUAUUUACGAUUUUUGUCAAAAUUUGGAUUUAAAAAUCAUAAAAAAAAAAAACACUUUAAGUACGACUUACAAUGAACCUUCUAUUAUACAGAUCCAAACAAUUAUGUUAAGUCUAACAAUUUAUUUACAGAGUUAAUCUACCAAAAAAAAAUUACGUCUUUAUUAAAAUGUCUAUAAAUAGCUUAAAUGUUUCAAAAAUUUUACCAUGUCUAAAAAAAGCAAGAAUCUCAAGAGUCUCUACAAAUUAUUUAACCUGAAUUACAACGAAAUAACAAAGUUGAAAAUAAUAAAAGCAUAUUAUUCUCGUAAAAUUUCCCGUUAUAUCUACGUUUUUUUUCGGCUAUGCUCAAUUAUUAAUAAAAUUACAAAAAGAAAAUCAAAAACCGAAUAUUCUACUCAUAAACUAGAUGAAGAAAAUAAUAAAAAGGGUAUCUUGUCGUUUAUCUAUUGGAGCAGUAUUUAUGGAAAAAAACGACAAGAGACCUUUUUUGUUAAAUUUUUAAUUCAAUCGGUAAGCAAGAAUGUCUUUUUUUGAUUUUCCAUGUAAUUUUCUUAACAGUUGAACAAAACCGGGAGAUAACGUAAAAAGAACGGGAAAGUUUGUGGAAAUAAUAAUUUAUAAUUUUCAAUUUUGUUUUAGAUUCUAAGUGGAGCGAAGAAGCUUAUGAUUUUACAUUGGUGUUUAUUUUUUUUCCGUGGACAACUUUUCUGACAAAUUUUGCUCCGAUUUACAAUGAUAGCAAUUUUCUUAAAAGGAAAUCUGACUGAGGAGGUAUUUUAAUGACGUCAUUUUUAAUGUUCUCUAGAGUUUCCCCAAUGGGAAAAACGCAGAAAAAACCUAUCAACUGAACUCCGCUUAGAAUCGUUUUUCGUUAGCAAUGGUUAAUCGUGGGUUAUAGAUAUACAUUAAAUUACCUAUAACAGUAGCUGCAUCCGUCCUCAAAACAAGGACAGAUUUUUUCUUGUAAUUUCCAUAAGCAUUUUUGAAGAGAUCCGAAAGAAAACAUUUAUUAGCCUUUUCCAGGCGUGAUUAAAGUUUCAAAAUAUUCAGAAAUUAUAUUUGAGCUAUUUGAAGGCUAUUAUUUAUAUUUAUAUUUAUUGUUUUACCUAACAGAAAUGUUUGAAAAUUUAACACGCUAUGUUCAUUAUAAGUUUCAAUUAGCGGCGAAAACAAAAAUUUAAGCGUAUUUGGAAUUGGUUUUUAUAAGUAAUCGUUUUAAGAUCGAAUAUUGAUGAAAAUCGUAAAUAUUUCAAAACAUUUCAAAACACGUUCCUGUAACUGAAUUUCGCUCAGAACCGUAUUUUGUUAGCAAUGGUUUAUCGUUGCUAAUAAAUUAAAUACAUUUAUGUACCCUACCUUCCCAACUUUCCAUCUACAACAGUGGCGUGCCCGUAAGCAGUAUCAGCUCGUUUUAGUUUAUAAGAUAUUUAAACGCUAUACGUUCUCAUUUUUCUAGUGGGGGAGUCCUGUAAAAAUAUUGGCGCCUGCUUGUCCGGCCGUUAAAUUCUAAGGACUCCUACGAGAAAAGAUAUAUAUCAUUUUCAAUUAUUGAGGUUUUCGAACAAUCGAGACUCGAUUGUAAAUAAAUAAUAGCACAAUUCAUUAAUAUUUAUGAGAUUUUUUUUUUUUUUUUUGUUUUCCUGAGUUUUACAUGUUGAUGGUUUCGUCCGAUAAACGGCCUUAAAAUUCCCCAGUGCACACAACGUGUAUAAUAUUGUAGAAACACUAUACAGAUACCAGUUGUCGGUGGAAGUCGGAAAGUUUGGAGGUCGUCUGCUCGUAUGACUGGAUCAACGAGAUGUUCGUCACUAUACUGUAAGAGAAAGCGAACGAUCCGAUAUCAUUGUUCCCGGACAUACACGUGUUGACGGUGAUAAUAACAUUCGGUCGGAUUCUGUUGUCGAAAUGCCGGUCCCGACCAUUCAACAGGCGCGUGUAUUCGCGCCACCCCGAAUAUCAGGAAAAAAAAAUUCGUUCAGUUUUUGCUCGGACGAGGCUAAUAUUUUAUAAUAGAAAAUGAUACGUAAUUAAAGACGGCGAAGUAUGCAAAGGAUCGCACUUCCCUUCCAAAAGAAAAAUGUUUACUACCCUCAGGGAUACGCGCUAUCGCAAUAAUUAAAGCCCGGAUGCAGCGAAAAUGCUGAAAAACGUGCGAAACUAAAUUUUCGAUGUACCAUAGGAGUUAAAUAACAAUUUGCUCGUAAUAAUUCAAAUUUAUAUUAAUAUUUGUAGAUAAAAUAUUAUCAAUCCAAUAUUUUAUUUUAGACGAAUGAUCGCUACCUAUUUUCGACAUUUUAAUUGAAUUAUAUAAGUAAAAUAUUUAAGUAUACGUCAAAAAACACGAGUAAUAAUAGUAUGAAAUGUAAUAUAAGCUACGGCUGUGACUGAUAGACUAUACCCGGUACACCAGGUUAGGUUCCACAUACUAUAAUACUAAUCACGGACUGCGUGACGUGCUAUAGCCACCCGUAUAUCGAUAGUAUUUUUAGAUUUUAUCAUAAUAUUAUCAUCCUUACAGUGCUCGAAUUGAGGGGUGAGGGACACAUGGGGACGGAGUACCACAAGUAACUGUUCAGAAACGUAAGCGUGCCUUUACUAUUUGUUUGAUGUGAAACGCAUGGGGUGCAGUGGAGGAUACAAGGUACCAUGUCUGGAAAGAGCUGAUAAGAGACUAUGCCUUUAAAAGUAUUCAGUGAAAUUUCUGACCUCUACGAUUAUUUAUCAUUGAAUAAACGAAAUAGAAUAAAAACUAUGAAAUAAUAAACACUAAAAUAAAUGUAACAGUUACAAGUUUUCCUGACGUUUUUUCUAGGGUUUUCCUCAUAGUUAAGAAUACAAUAAUGCAGUGGCGGUUCUAGCGUAUGGGCAGGGUGGGCAGCUGCCCAUACCAAAAUUUCUGAUGCCCAUUAUUUUAAAAAUGUUAUUUUUAUACAAACAUUUUUGUUCAGCUUAUGAAGCGUUACCAAAGAAUGCAAAAUACAAUAGUAAAAUAAUUCAAAAUGAUAUGAUAAGUGCAGCUUCCACAGUGAUUACUCUGUCUAUUUUAAAAGAAGUACAAGAAGGUAGUAAAAUAUUCAGCUUAAUUGUUGACGAAGCCAGAGACGAUGCAAGAUUAGAGCAAAUGAGUAUUUGUAUUCGGUAUGAACAUAAUUCAGUGAUAAAAGAAAGGUUUUUAGGAUUUGUUGAACUCAAAGAACUAAAUGCUAAUAUCCUAAGCUGUAAUAUUAAAUUAUUUUUGAAUAAUUUUGGACUAGAUUUGAGUAACUGUGUAAGUCAGUCUUAUGAUGGAGCAACAGUUAUGUCUGGUCAGUUCAACGGAGUCCAAAAAAAAAUUAAAGAUAUGUCAGGAAAUUUGUGUCCAUAUAUACAUUACAAUGCACAUAAAUUGAAUUUAGUUUUAGUUGAGGUUUCAAGAAAGGUAGAAGAAGUACAUGAUACUAUAGGUCCCUUGGAAGCAGUAUAUGCAUUUCAGUCAUUAUCAACACUAAAGUAUCAAGUAUUUUUCGAUAAAACUGGGUCGAAAGUCCCUAUGCACUAUGACACACGUUGGGUAUCAAAAUUUAAAAAUAUUCGUUACUUUAAAAACAACUUUACAUUAGUAUUAACAGCAUUAAAAGAGUGUAAUGAAAGUUCGAAAUCAAAGGAAGCUGCUGAAGCUAAAGGUUUACUAAUUCAAAUGAAUUCUUUAAAAACUAUUGUGUUAUUUUUUUGUUUGGAUUUUAUUUUGUCUUUAGUAAAUAUUCUAUCAUUAAACUUACAGACAACAACACUUGACUAUAGCCAUUUUGCAAAAUUAAUCAAAUCCACUAUGGAACAAUUGAUCAAUUUAAGGUCAGAAAAAAUAUUCAUCAAUAUUUACAAUGAAGCUGUAAGUGUAAUUCAGACUUCGAAUAUUGAACCUAACGAUACACUACGUCCAACAAGAGAACAGAGAAUUUCAUAA